CUUAUAUGAUUAAUUAUAUGAUUUGUUUACACAGGUUUAAAUGUAAAUAUCUAAGUUUAAAAUAGCAUCACAGAGAAACAAUUAUUUAUUAUUGUGUUUAGACGAGUAUAAAUAUUUUUAAUUUGUUUGAAUAAGACACAAUUCUAUCAGGAUGGAUAUAGGUGUGCACAUGAAAUAUUUCCGGGAACUUACACAGAAAGAAAAAGAAGAAUGUCGAAAAGCAUUUAAACAGAUCGACACAAACAAGGACAGCAGACUGUCAUGGACGGAACUAAGACACGCCUCAGAUUUAUUGGGUAUGACACUCACUGAGAAACAAGCCAAAAAGAUGAUCCGAGAAGUAGACAGAAAUGGUGAUGGUUUUAUAGAUUACAAAGAAUUUGAGACAAUAAUGAGUAAAAACAGCAAACCUAUAUGUUUAAUAGACUAUGAAGAUGAAGUCUUGCGACAAGCUUUUGACAACUUUGAUAUAGAUAAAAAUGGAGAAAUUACAAAAGAGGAAUUGAUAAUGGUGCUACAAUCUCUUGGUACAGACACAGCAGAAAUGGAUGCAUCGGAAAUGUUAAGGGAGGCAGAUUUGAAUGGAGAUGGAGUUAUCAGUUUUGAAGAAUUUGCAAGAGUAGCAGCCCAACAACGAAUGUGAAUAUAGAGGACGAUGUUGAAUAUGUUUUGUUUAAAUAAAAAAAAGAAGAGGAUAUCAAGUGAAUAACAUGUGACUUCAUAUAUAUAGAACACGAUCUUUAACGAAAAUUAUUUUUUUCCAAAAAAAAAUUAUGUUGCGGUCCAAGAAAAUAUGUCCGAAUAAAAAAAAAGGUUAAAAAAUCGUUUGUUUUUAGUAAAAGCCAUCUUGUCCAUGAACAUCAAUGUUUGUUUGCUUUUUUUGCAUACAAUAUGACGGAAUCACACAUGCAUGUACUUUCGUUUUCUUCAUAGCAUGCAAAGGCGCAACUUUAAUAAUUUAUUAUAAUAAUUUAUAGAGGAUGUUGGAUCCGUUCACCCGACGAAUUUUGUUUUAAGCUCGGGAUUUCGGGAUUGAUCUUUACGGAAUGCAGAAAUUAUUUAAUUUUUAAUUUCGGGAUGUCGGGAUAUGAAUUUCGUUAAAAUAUGUAACUCGGGAUUUCAUAUGUUUUUAAGCCGUUGUCAUUUGAUAUAAAAGUAGUUUUAUUAUUGUCAUCAUUUUUAAUUAAAUUUAAAUAUCUUU